GUAAGCGUUGACUUCUGUCGUUUUGAAAACGUGUGACACGACAACAACGACGAUAAAAUUUAUUCUUGGUACUUGGCUUAGUGAGCUUGUAGUCAUCGAGGUUUUCUGAAUUGCUCUCUGUUUGAGAAUCUUUUUGCGCACGUAUAAGUGUGCGUUUCAACCCUUGGGUACCUGAGCUCCGAAUUUGUGCGCACGUUUGAUCAUAGGAGCAAACUGGUUUACUGCAACCGGAUAGAGCAUAUCGUGAUGUCGGAAAACUCUGGACGGCAGGAUGAGACCGGCCGAAGGGUAGGCGAGAAGAUCAGUGGCAGUUCGGAUUCGGCCCAUGAUGUAGAUGCACGUCAAAUAAGAAAUAGUCGAGAGUUGCGAAUAGAUGGCGAGAUGGAUAGAGGUCACGGCCGGCAUGAAGAAGCGCGACACCAUCACCGAGACCGUGACCUAUCACCACCAUUAGAGCGAAAAAGUUCACAUGAUUAUGAACGAGAAAGUAGAUACGAAAGCCACAGGGACUACCGAGAUUACGAUAGAGACCUGGAUAGAAGGGAUCAUAGAGAUCGAUAUCGUCACCGCGAAAGGGGCCGGAGUUAUUACGAAUCGAGGUAUCGUAGAAGAUCCCCGUCUAGAUCGCCAUCCCCAAUAAUCGAUUUUGCAAAUCGCAAGCGCUGGACUGGGUGGGACCAGACUCUACCACGAUUUUUCCAACCUGCAUCUUUUUCUCAGGGCCAGCCUUAUUCGGUCGCUCCUGGUGCAGACUGGAUAAAUCAUAGCGCGUUACCGGCUCAUUUACAGGCGGCUCAAGCUGGGAUGAUUCCCAAUAUUACUGGAUCGCAGAUAGAUUACCAGCACAGUCAACAGGCGAAGCAGCAACGACGACUCUACCUGGGUAACUUACCGCCAAUCGUUGUGAACUCUGAAUUGGUGGAGUUCCUAAACAACACCAUGAAGACGAUACCGGGUAUAGUAAAGGAUGGGGGCUCGCCGGUGGUUGGAAUAGAUAUGGCCAGCGAUAGAAAUUAUGCCUUUUUAGAAUUGAGAAGCCCUGAUGAGGCAACCUAUAUGACUGCGCUCGAUGGCGUCUCUUAUAAAGGAUAUUCGUUACGGAUUCGACGCCCGAGAGAAUGGCAGCCCACAGGAAAGGAACCCAGUCUUCCAUGCAUUCCAAUUUCUACUCUUGGUAUCGUUUCUACCACUGUUGUUGAUUCUCCCAACAAAAUUUUCAUUGGCGGUCUUCCUCCUCAUUUCGUUGAGUCAGAUGUAAAGGAACUUCUAACUUGCGUCGGGCCACUCAAAGCGUUCAAUCUUGUUCGGGACACCGCUGGUAAUUCGAAAUUUGCGUUCUGCGAAUAUGUCGAUCCUGAACUUACCGAUGUUGCUUGCAAGACACUGAACGGCCAAGUCAUUGGCGACCGCAAACUCGUUGUUCAGAGGUCUGCUCCAACCAAAGAAAAGGAGCAGGACGACUCUUUAUCCUCUAGAGAUGGAUUUGUUCAAGGCGCUGAAAAUUCCGGUGGAACUUCGUUCGGUCCAGAUGGACAGAGCAAUCCUUCACUCCUCCAGCGUAUUCUCACAUCGACCAUAUCUACUGCCUCUAUUUCCGCUUUCAUAGCUGCCAAAGCCAUGAGUACUCCAGAAACCCUCAAGCAAACCAAUAUUCUUGCUCUUAUCAAUGCCCUUGACUUCAGUGAUGAAUGGACUGACAGCUAUUAUGAAUCCGUCUGCGAAGAUAUGCACUCUGAAUGCUCUAAAUACGGACAAAUCAAAACCUUGCUUAUCCCACGCGCUCCUCCUCGCCCAAAGAAAAAAAAGUCGUUCCUCAUGCCUGGGCAACUCUCUGAGUCUGAUAUCGGCGGUGAAAAAGUCAAAGGUGAUGCUGAUAGGUCUACCAAUCAAGGUAAUUCCGAUAAAUCUACUGCUAAAUACUCAGUACCUCCUGGAUUUGGACGUAUUUUCAUCCAAUACGAAACCGUUGAAGAAGCCACUCGUGCUAAAGAAGCUCUAUCUGGACGCAACUAUGACGGAAGAUCCAUCAUUAGUUCUUUUGUCCAAGCACUUCCGUCUUCUUAGUCCACCCUUCUUCCGACCCAUGCUUUUUCUAUAUCGUCUAUCUCUAGCCUUAGCAAAAACAUUUCCUCCCUUCAUGUCGCGCCAGCUCUGCUGAUCCUAAAUCUUUCCCUAUCUGAAUUUUGCUUGGCUUGGCCAAGUCAAAACAUCCUAAAAAGUAUAUGCAUAUAUAUAUUAUAGCAAAUAAUAAUGCUACAGCGCAUAGCAGAAAUACGA